AUGGCCACAAUACCAUCAAUAGCCUGCCUAGGCGUGAUUGGCAAAAAUAACAACCCUCUCCACAUCUCUAUCUUCCCCAGCAUAUCCACCUCCUCACCCACCAGCCCUCCCAAACCCCUCCUCACACCCCUGCAAUAUAGUCUCCUCCUCUCCAGCACACUUGACAUCUUCGAAGCGCGGUCCAAGAUAAACACUAGUUCUAGCGGGGGCUUGAGCGGGGAUUUCGGCUUGUUACAUGCUGUUGAUGAGAGGUUGGCGGCGUAUGGAUUUGAGACGAAUACCGGGGUGAGGUUUGUUGCUGUGGUUGAUAUGAGGGGGAGGGCUAUUGCAGGUGGGAAUGGGAGAGCUGGUGCUGUGAGUGGAGGCUUGGGGUUGAGAGAGGGGGAGAUGAAGGUGGUCUUCAGAGCUAUGCAAGCGGCAUAUGUGCGGUUACUACAGAAUCCAUUCUUUGAUCCGGAUGAACAUAGCCCGCCUACGGGACGAGGAGGGAAGAAGAUCACUAGUAAGAGGUUUGCGGAAGAUAUGAGGAAGAUUGGGGAGAGUUGGACGCCGGGCACGGGAGGACCUUGA